GCCGCGGGCCCGCGCGCGGGCGGCCUCGCGGCCGGCGCUGGGCUCGCCGUGGGCGCGGCGUCGCUGCGGCGGGCCGCCCGGCGCGGGCGGGCGGCGCGCCGGCAGGCGCCCGCGACCGCGGUGGCCGCGCCCGUGCAGGCGAGGGAGGACAGGAAGGACAUCGGCAGCAACCUGCCCGACUGCCCCAAGACAAUCUGGAAUGCGGACGACAUCGACCUCACAAAGUUGCAGAAGCCCGCGGACUCGUGCCCGCUGCUGUGGGACGCGAACGAGGUGAGGAAGGACCUCGAGGGAAAGAGCGAGAGGGAGUAUUUCGCCGAGCAGAAGGAUAAGAUCCUUGAGCAGCUCCAGAAGCACGGCGCCAUCUGGUUCCGGAACUUCGAGUCGACGAAGGACGCCGCGGGUUUCCGCGAGUUCUUCGAGCAGCUGGAGCUGAACCCGUGCCUGGACCCGAUCCACACCUCGGGCCUGAGGGCGAUGAAGGAGAAGAAGGACGCGGUGUACGAGGCCGUCAACAAGCCCGCGCUGGCGGGCCACAUCGUCGGCCUGCACAACGAGUCCACCACGGUCAAGACCGCCAAGUUCGGCUGCUUCGGCUGCUUCCAGCCCGCCACGGAGGGCGGCGGCGAGUUCAUGCUCGCGGACGGCGCGGCUAUCAUCGCGGACAUGGACAAGGACGUUCUCGAGAGGCUCUACAAGAACAAGGUCAGGAUCUCGGUGAGCAACCUCGACUUCAACUUCCUGGGCGGGCUGCCAGAUGGCAUCAGGGACAGCCUGCAGGAGGGCCUCCGGGGUCUCAUCUUUGACGUCGUGGAGCCGAAGUUCCAGAUGGAUCUUGAGAUGCUGUACGGCGUGGACGGCACCAACCCGUACCGCAUGUCCGCUGUGGAGCAUGCGCAGUCUCCGAUUAACAGGCAUCCGGAGACGGGCCAGCCAGUCUGGUUCUGCAACUUGCACAACCACAGCCGCUACCUCCGCGACCGCCGCCCCUGCACUGUGCCAGAGGUCGGCAUGACCGACGUCUUCUUCGGCGACCUCAGCAGGAUCCCCCCCGAGGAUUGCGACCACAUCAACGAAGUGUGCGAGCGCAACAUCCACCUGCUGGAGAUGAAAAAGGGAGAUAUGGUGCUCAUCGACAACUACCGUGUCCUGCACGGGCGCAAGACGUUCAAGGGCGACAGGAACCACGUGGUCACCUGGUUCGAGUCCCAGGGGGCCGAGAACAGGACGGAGCCCGAGGAUGGAAAGCCGGACAACUUCAUGAACGAGCUGAUGCCGACGACCCUUGUGGACCAGGUGGACUUCAAGAAGUACCAGGCAUGAUUUACGUCUUGCAGUUCAAGGCACCAGGCGCUGGCCCCCAAGUGCGUGUUGCACACUCGCUGCUCGCCGCGCCGCUGCGCGGGCCGCACAGUUCUCCACACGGAAAUGCCAGCGCACCGUUAUGCGCAGCGAGUGCUCCCUCCCUGAAGCUCGUUAUGCUCCGACGCCCUUCUCCACAGGACGGAGAAGGCGACAGCCUGGACUUUGCCCGCUGUCGCGCUCAACCCUCGGCAAUGUUUGAUGCUGUCUUCCUCCUCGCCUCCUCGGGUAGUUCCAGACCCCCGACGUCAUGCUCUUCCACAACGUGGGCCCGAAGCCCUCGGCCCAACGUCUUUUCGCCACGGGUCGUCUCGAAGACAGCCUCCGGAUGCUGUGCGGACAGGGGCUGCUCGUACAGCAGGCCCGUGCGACGUUGACGUGGCCGCCGCAUUUCUCCUCGACGCCUGAGGUCGGGGGCGUCUCAGGACGCCGGCGGUCCGGGGUGCUAACAUAGCCUUCCUUGGACUCCAACGCCGCGGAUCAGGGUGACUGUUGCGCCCCGACAUUCCGAAAUCGUGCCAGG